AGAGAAAAUUGGGUGAGCAAAGCGGGUCUGUGGGCAUGAACCAGGCCACGAGAAAUAAUCUAUUUUUUUCUUCUUCUUUGAAUUUGUUGAGGGCAUGGACUAGGCCAUCUUCAACCUUGACUCACUUCUAAUGCACUAUCGAGAUUUGAGAUUCAAAACCUAUUUAAUCUCUAAAUCGGGUGACAUCGUCCUGGACUUCAAAUUCACAAGUUGUUGCUGUUGGAGUUUUCAUAAUGUAUGCCCAAACACUUCCAAUUUCAAAUUAUAAUCUCAAUCCCACAAAAACCUCAUCUUCGUUUCGCUGCUUAAACCCUAACCCACCUCCAACCCAAUUUGUUAAAUUUCAAUCCUUUUCGAAUUAUAGAUUCGGGUUAUUUAAUUCAACCAGAAGGGUAUCUGAUUCACCAAACAAUAUGAGGAGGCACGUUGGAUUAGGUGGGAUUACAUGUGAAGAAGCGUCACUAGGGAAAGAUGAUAAGAAAGAUAAUGACGAUGGAUUUUAUAUAAGAAGGUGUGUGGAGCUUGCUAGAAAAGCUAUUGGGCAUACAAGCCCUAAUCCCAUGGUUGGUUGUGUUAUCGUUAAAGAUGGGAAAAUCAUUGGUGAAGGAUUUCAUCCCAAAGCUGGGCAACCUCAUGCUGAGGUUUUUGCUUUAAGGGAUGCUGGGGAAUUGGCAGAGAACUCAACUGCAUAUGUGAGUUUAGAACCAUGUAAUCACUUUGGAAGAACUCCUCCAUGUUCUGAAGCACUAAUCAAAGCAAAAGUGAAAAAGGUGGUGGUGGGAAUGGUUGAUCCAAAUCCAAUUGUUGCCUCAAGGGGCGUUGCUAAAUUGCAAGAUGCAGGAAUUGAUGUAACAGUUGGUGUUGAAGAAGAACUCUGCAAAAAGCUUAAUGAGGCAUGGAUACAUCAAAUGAAAACUGGGAACCCUUUUGUGACCUUAAGAUACUCUCUCACGAUCGAUGGGGGUCUCUCGGAUGAUCUUGGGGAAGAAUCCAUGGAGGCUGGUGGAUACUACUCAAGGCUAUUACAAGAACACGAUGCAGUUGUGCUUUCUUCAAAAUCAUUACAAAAGUAUUCAGUUCCUGAAUCCAAAGAACCCAAAUCAAACCAACCGAUGUGUGUCAUAAUUGCAAAAGAUCCAAAUCCUGUGAUCCAGAUUGAAGAAUCAGCUUCAAAGGUGGUCAUAUUCACGGAUCAACAGACAGGGGUGGGAUCUGAAAAGGGGAUCGAGACACGGGUUUUUGAUGAAUUGAAGUUAGGGACAAUCUUGGAGCAUUGUAAAGGUGAAGGACUGUGCAGUGUGUUGCUGGAUUUAAGAGGGGGUAUUGGUGACUUUGAGGAGAUUUUGAAGGGGGUCGAGGGAAAUUUGGCGCAGAAGUUGGUGGUGGAAGUUUUGCCAAUUUGGGGUGGGAACAAAGAAAGUGCCUCCCUUGAGGCUAUAAAGAUUGGCCAAAAAGCAGGCUUGAACAAGUUUGAACCCAAAAUAGUGGGCAAAAGUGUAAUAUUGGAGGGUUACUUUUGAUACAAGCAUCAGACUCUUUGCAAAAUGCAAGAAAUUGAAAUUGGGAGAUUAUAACCCCGAAUGGAUGACUUGUUGACUUAGUUUAAUUGACAAG